AAUCGCUGAAUCUUGACUCGGCGGUGGUUGGCUCUCGCUGCGCUCUCUCCCUCUCCCUCUCCGGCUCGGGCUCGCUCUCUGCGCGCGCGCGCCGGGCCGCUCUCCUUCCUCCCUCUCUAUGUGGCUGCGCGGGUCAGUCCAUGGUAUUCCGCUCCCCCCUAGACCUCUAUUCCUCCCACUUCUUGUUGCCAAACUUCGCCGAUUCUCACCACUGCUCCCUACUUCUGGCGAGCGGCGGCGGCGGCGGCGGGAGCGGCGCGGGAGGCGGCGGCGGGAACCGCGCGGGAGGCGGCGGCGGCGGCGGCGGUGGCUCCAGGGCCCCCCCGGAAGAGUUGUCCAUGUUCCAGCUGCCCACCCUCAACUUCUCGCCGGAGCAGGUGGCCAGCGUCUGCGAGACGCUGGAGGAGACGGGCGACAUUGAGCGGCUGGGCCGCUUCCUCUGGUCGCUGCCCGUGGCCCCCGGGGCGUGCGAGGCCAUCAACAAGCACGAGUCCAUCCUGCGGGCGCGCGCCGUGGUCGCUUUCCACACCGGCAACUUCCGCGACCUCUACCACAUCCUGGAGAACCACAAGUUCACCAAGGAAUCGCACGGCAAACUGCAGGCCAUGUGGCUCGAGGCGCACUACCAGGAGGCCGAGAAGCUGCGCGGUCGCCCGCUCGGCCCGGUGGACAAGUACCGCGUGCGCAAGAAGUUCCCGCUGCCGCGCACCAUCUGGGACGGCGAGCAGAAGACGCAUUGCUUCAAGGAGCGGACUCGGAGCCUGCUGCGGGAGUGGUACCUGCAGGACCCCUACCCCAACCCCAGCAAGAAACGCGAACUGGCGCAGGCCACCGGCCUCACUCCCACACAAGUAGGCAACUGGUUUAAGAACCGGCGGCAGCGCGACCGCGCCGCAGCGGCCAAGAACAGGCUCCAGCACCAGGCCAUCGGACCCAGCGGCAUGCGCUCGCUCGCCGAGCCCGGCUGCCCCACGCACGGCUCGGCCGAGUCGCCGUCCACGGCGGCCAGCCCGACCACCAGCGUGUCCAGCCUGACGGAGCGCGCAGACACCGGCACCUCGAUCCUCUCGGUAACCUCCAGCGACUCGGAAUGUGAUGUAUGAUAGCCAAGGCCGCCCUCCUUCCCCUUCUGGUCCUCCACCCCCCCUUCCCCUCCUCUUUCCCUUCCUUCUCUUCCUCCUCUUCCUCCUCCAGCCCCAGAACAAACCGAAAUCAGGAUACACAACCAUACACACACACAACUCCACACCCACAGUCACUCCAGCCAAAAAUACUUAAAAAACCGAGAAAAAUAUCAAUUUAACCGCAAUCCAUCAACAGCCCCCAAACACCAUCUACUACCACGGCCACCCCAAAGGACCACAUCGCCAACAGUCACAAGCGCUGACAUUGCGGGCAGAAAAUACAAGAGAGGUGACAAUUGUAUACUUUCUAGGACAAGCACGGCUUCUCCUUUUGGUUCCCAUGGACCCGGCACCCCACCUGCAUGACGAUUUAUUUGUAUCUGGGAAAAUAUUCUCUCUAGUUUAAAUGAUUUAAAAGAGUCGACUGUACAAAAAACCCGCCACCACAAGACGACGAAAGCAAACAAGACAAAAAGGAAAAAAAAAAAUCUGCCAUCUCCGUUCUGAAUUUGUUUAAAAAAAAAAAAAAAAGAAAGAAAGAAAGAAAAAAAAGAACUCUUUGAGAGAGAAAUAGCAAAUAUCUCUCACCUUUGGUUGCUCUCUGUUUUUCCUCUCGAUCUCUUUCUUUCUCUUCUCCCUGUUUUUAAGUCCAAGUAUUGGUCAGACAAGAUGCAAUCUUCUGUUUUUUGUUCAGCAGACAAUCAUUUCCUUCGUAAGCACCUUUUCCUCUCCACUCUGUCACUGCCUGUGUGGGUACUGGUUAUAAAUGUGGAAAAAGAAUAGUUAUGACUGUAACAGAUUUUUAUUUUUAUUUCAAAAUUUUAUAUGAAUUAUGUAUAUCUUAAUGGUCGGUCAUUUUCCCAGUUUGUAAUAUAUGUGUAGAAAUUGCCUGUAUAUGAUACUGCUUUUUCUCCUCUCCCUUUCUCUCUCUUUCUCCUUCUUUCCUCCUUCUUCCUCCCUUCCCGUCCACCCGUGUCUUUCUUUUUCGGGGGUUUCCCCUCCCACUCGGUGGUCCUGGUUUCGGCUAGGCGGUCAGAGCUUGGCAAGGCGGCCUGGGGUAGGGAGAGGGACCCUGUCGCUAGUGAAAGCGGAGAGUGAGACCGUAGUAUUCUUAUGCAAAAGCUAUUUCGAGUAUUUCUUAGCUGCUUUGGAGGUAUCUCUCACUCCCCGUAGGGCGCUUUUACUGUUAUCUUAACUGCGUGUUUAUCUAUAUGUAAAAACUUUCUAAAGCAAAUACAGUAUUCUCCAUUUUCUUAUCA